ACACUGUCUAGGAUUGGUUUGUUUGACUCGUGGUCUGUCCCUGAACGGAACACGUGGGUACCUCAGAGUUGACCCGCACGGUUUGAUUAUCCGGGCCCCUCACGACCCUGGGAACGGCAGCGGAUUGCGGCUGGUGCGAACUUGAACUGGACGCCUCUGAAACGCUUGAGACGGCAAGAUGGUGCAGUACAACUUCAAACGGAUCGCCGUGGUGCCCAUGGCCAAGGACUUCAUCGACGUGAUUCUGUCCAAGACCCAACGGAAAACGCCCACCGUGGUGCACAAGCAAUAUAAGAUUGGCCGUAUUCGCGCCUUCUACAUGCGCAAAGUCAAGUUUACGCAGUCGAAUUUCAACGAGAAACUCACGUCCAUCUUGAGCGAUUUUCCCAAAUUGGAGGAGAUCCAUCCGUUUUAUUCGGAUUUGAUGAACGUACUUUACGAUCGAGAUCACUACAAAUUGGCCUUAGGUCAAAUUAACACGGCUCGUCAUUUGAUCGACAAUGUGGCCAAGGAUUACGUGCGGCUGCUCAAGUACGGCGACUCGCUGUAUCGGUGCAAGCAGCUCAAACGGGCCGCCUUGGGCCGCAUGGCCACCAUCAUGAAGAAACAGGCCCAAUCCUUGAGCUACUUGGAAGAGGUGCGACAGCACUUGGGUCGAUUGCCCUCCAUCGAUCCCAAUACCCGCACUAUUUUGAUCACGGGCUUUCCCAACGUGGGCAAGUCUAGCUUUAUCAACAAGAUUACACGGGCCGAUGUAGAAGUCCAGCCGUACGCCUUCACCACCAAAUCUCUGUACGUGGGCCACACCGAUCACAAGUACUUGCGUUGGCAAUUCAUCGACACGCCCGGCAUUCUCGACCACCCGCUGGAAGAGCGCAACACCAUUGAGAUGCAAGCCAUCACGGCUUUGGCCCAUUUGCGCGCCGCCGUGCUCUACAUGAUGGAUCCCAGUGAACAAUGCGGUUACACCUUGGAGGCUCAACAAGCCCUGUUCGAGAACAUUAAGCCGCUGUUUGCCAAUAAGCCGCUGAUUGUGGUGGCCAAUAAGGCCGAUAUUUGGCGCGAUGACUUGACGCCUGAGAAACGCGCUAUUCUCGAGGUCAUGGCUCGGGAUUCGGUCGACGAGACCAUCUUGGAAAUGUCCAACAAGGACGACGAUGAUAGCGUGAAUCGGGUAAAGGUUACGGCGUGUGACAAACUGCUCCAACAUCGGGUCGAGCAAAAGUUCCAGACUAAGAAGACCGAUUCGAUAUUGAAUCGAAUUCACGUGGCAGAGCCAGCCAAACGCGAUACACUGGAGCGACCGCCGUGCAUUCCGGUCGCAGCCUUGGCCAAACGGCAACAGAAAAAACAGAAGGCGUUGGAGGGAGAUGAUGGCGAGAACGAUGAGGACGAAAACGAGGAUGGUAUGAUGGUGGAUGGCGGCCGGCCGACUCGAAAUUCGACCAAGAAAAAGUCGGAGCGCGAGAUCGAAUUGGAAAUGGGCGACGAUUAUAUUCUCGAUUUGAACAAAAAGUAUCUUGUCAAGGAGGACGAGAAAUACGACGUCAUCCCCGAGUUCAUCAACGGACACAAUUUGGCCGACUACAUCGAUCCUGACAUUAUGAAGAAGCUCGAAGAACUGGAAAAGGAAGAGGAGAUGCGAGAACGAGCCGGAUACUACGGCUCUGAUGCGGAGUCUGAUGACGAAAAUGUGAAGGAGAUCCACGAAUUAGCCGAGAAGAUCCGCAUCAAAAAGAAGUUGAUGAAGAACGAACAGAAACUCCAGGGCACCAAAAAAUCAGUCCUGCCCAGAACCACUGAGCCCAAGAAACGCGAGCGCAGCGUGUCCCGGCUUAAACGCGAGUUCGAAGACCUGGGUGUGGACAUGGAAGGCACGGAUGACGCUCAUUUCGCACGAACUCGAGGUCGGUCCGGUUCCCGAAAGCCGGCUUUGAAGAAGGCUCGUAUGGAUUCCGAAGGCCGAGUCAGGAGUAGUUCACGGACGCCUCGCGACGAGUCUGGCGUGCGCGAUCCGUCUAUGAAGAAGAAGUUGGGCAAGUUGCAGAAGAAGGUCCAAAACCAGAAAUUCAACCAAUUCGGCAAGAGUGGCGAAGGCGAUCGUCACAUCGCCACGAAGAUGCCCAAACAUUUGUUCUCGGGCAAGCGCGGCACCGGCAAGACCGAUCGGCGAUGAUUACCAGAGGAGGAUUCUCUAUGGCGUUCAUAUUGGAUAAUAAUGAUAAGUUUCUAUUCUUACAGCAGUGCUAUUGUAACACCAUCUUGUUGGGUUCAAAUACACGAUUCAUUUCAAAAAAGG